AUGCUCACCGCAGCACAGAAUUCGUCUUACGGCGCCGACAAUUUCUAUCAAAGCGACAACGUCACUCUUUGGCCAAUUUCAUUCCCAUCGCAAUACGACACCACCGCCGCAGCCGCCAAUCUCUUCCUUCCAGACUUCGUCAACUAUAAUACCAGCCAUCCGGCCAUCAUCGUCAGUCCCACCAUGGGCGCAGUCAAGGAGCAGAGUGCCAAUCUCUAUGCCCAGAAGCUGGCCGAAUAG